AUGUUAGCUCUUCGUAAGCUGCUGUUUGGAACGGGAAACUACACCUUCAACAUCGAGUGGAAGAGAACCAGGUUCACCUUCAGAGACGUCAAGUCCAACUUUCCCUACGGACUCUUCAUGGAGAAGCUUGGUUCCAGGGGCAUGACCAUCCAUGGUUCCAGAGGCAUGACCAUGUGUGUUCAGGCCUACAUACUCAAACAUCUACUCUACAAGGAUGACUGUCUUUUGGAGGAGAAGGGAAAUUCAAGCAACCUGUUGGUGGAGAGAUUCAACAUUGGGUUUUUCGAGGACCAGCGUGAGGAUGCAUUAAUACACGCGCUGGCAGACAUCCUGUGGAAGGCAGGCGAGGGAAAGUACGCGGCAGUCACGAUCGUCGGCGAGAAAAUGUGCAUCUCGCCUUCCCCUGAGCUGAGAUUUGACAACUACACUGAGAAGAUACUUAUAUACGAGUUUACUGACUUUGAAGCCCUCUUGAAGUUUCUAAGGAGGAAUCUGGACCAGUUCCAGGGAGACUUCUCUCCAGGCGGUAUCCUGAUGGUCUACAGUGCAAUGUUAUCAAGGACUUUCCCCAAGCUUGUAGCAGACAUGGAUGAACACAAAACUCCAACCAUUCUGACAGCAGCGGAGGCCUGCACCACAGCCCUGAUCAACCUGUUCCUGACAGGCCGUGCCGUGUCGUAUUUGUUCAACGGGAAAGUCGUGUACGACAAGAAGAAAAAACCUUUGCCCUACCCUCUACUUGGACAGAAGGAGAGAGCAGAACUGGGAUUUCUUUUCUGGGACAAGACAGAGUUCGAGGUGCAAGACAGAACUGAGGUUGGAAGCAUGCUGAAGACACCCAAACUGCCCAUCUGGCUGACGAGUGUGAACGACGUGUUCGGAGUUCUGUUCUGCACCGUUCCCGACCUGCUGUCUCACUGGCGCAAGGAGCAUCGCUUCUGUCUGUUCUACUUCACGGGGCAGACUACACAGAUACAGGGGACCAAGCUCACAAUAGAUAACCGGAGCGGCAGGGCAGACCCAGGAGGUGAGGAGGAGGAGCAGAAGAUUCCUUCUCUCGAGCGCUGCAUCCUCACGAAAUGGCCAGAUGCAGUAGUGAACUGGAACGGAACGUCACCGUUUGUAUAAGCCACAGAGUAUCACACUUAACUGUUGCACAAGGUUUUCCUCAGAAACUUAGAGCAGGGAAGAGCCAUAGGCCUGGGGUUUAAGCAAAGUAACCGAAAUUUGAAGGCUGACAAGGUGAUGCUGGGAUUGUAACAUGGUGGCGAAGCAUUUUAACAUUGCUUAGGGGGAGGCUGAAGUCGAAAAGAGAAAGCAUUUUGAAGUGUGGAAAAAUUGAUCGAAAAUUAAUGAUUUCUUGCAGCUAAUUUUUAUUGUAUAAACUAAAGAAAUCGUAAAAAUGGUGUCUAAAAUUGCAGUUUUAAAGAAUGAUAUUUCAGAAAUGUAUUGCUCA